UUUGCGAGACGGAGAUGGCUGUUGUCUAUUGGUUGAGCAGAGCACAGAGUCAUAGUGUUAUGAUAGUUACAGCCUGUAUGGAUGUGUUGCAUACCAGAUUCGGCUUGUGGAUUUAAAGAAUCUUCUGUUUGGCUGUGUAGUUUAUAAAAGUGUUAUUUUGCAUUUCUAAUCUAUUGCCUUUGGUAUAGUGACUGGACGGGUCCAUUCAAUUCAAAAAUAUAACUUGGCUCAAGACUGUGCGUGCAAUAUGGCACUGGUACUGGUCUCUCCUGAAUCAUUCUCGAUAGUUCGGGGCCCAAAACUUAAAUAAAAGAUGUCUGCUACGGAGUGCUCGCCUACCAGUUCCCUGAUGACGUCGAUACGUAACUUCUUCCUGCGAUUCCUGCUGUUGUUCAGCGUGGGGGUGUUCUUCGCAUUGGUGCUUAAUCUUCUCCAGGUGCAACGAAACGUGACGCUCUUCCCUCCAGAGGUGUUGCUGAGUUUAUUCUCAUCUGCUUGGUGGGUGCCUCCGAGCUGUGGCAUUGCCGCUGCCGUUAUAGGACUGCUUUAUCCCUGUUUGGACCAAAAAUUAGGAGAGGUGCAUCACUACAAGAGAGAAUGGUCGAGUGUUAUGAGAUGUGUAGCCGUCUUUGUUGGAAUCAAUCAUGCUAGUGCUAAAAUCGCCUUUGCAAAUAACUUACAGCUAUCUCUGUCCCUGGCUGCGAUGUCCAUCGGGUUGUGGUGGCUCUUUGAUAGAUCCAGGAGUGGAUUCGGUCUCGGUGUAGGCAUCGCCGUUCUUGCUACAUUCGUCACACAACUAUUAGUUUAUAAUGGAGUUUACAGAUAUACAGAGCCAGAUUUCCUGUACGUUCGAUCAUGGCUGCCCUGUAUAUUCUUCUCCGGUGGUGUAACCAUGGGCAAUAUUGGACGACAGUUGGCAGUGUAUGACUCCAUGGAUGACGCAAGUAAGGAGCACACUGACUGAGUGGCACCUCCUAUCUACUCAUUUAAGAGUCUAUUGUUCCUUGCGCUUAUACCUGGUCAUCAACUGCUGUCUUUAAAAGACUAACGAACUGACCUCAUUGGCUUGCAAUGUCGUAGAACGACAACUGGAGGAGAAUCUUGAGUGAAACUGAGAAGUCAUUGAGCGUCUGCUAGACGAAUUGAGGAGCUGAACUGAACAGAUCUCAGGAGAUGAAUCUAUGUUAACCCCGAGGAAUCGGCUCCCCAGCUUUCUGAAAAUUAGACAGGCCUUCCAACUUGCCGGCACUGUCAGUGCAGGCUGCUCUGUAAGGUGGGAAGCCUGCCUUGAAUAAACAAGAUUAGGAUAAGAUUCUCGGUCAGUUGGAGAAGUGAUUCUCUCGGGUGCUGUUGUGAGAUCUGGUGCCAAAAGUGAGUUUCUUGCAAGCGGAGUUGCGACACUGUUGAAUCAUUAAACCAAACUUAACUCUAGUCCAAUGUGAUUCAAGGAUACUUAGCAGAUUCUAAGAGGUUUUUGGUUUUCUCAGAAAAGGCAACGUGGACAUUUUUUGCUGCAUCUUUUAGCCUUUUUCUGCCAUUCAACUACAGCUUUGUCUUGUAAAUUCCGAUGUAAAUACCAUUUUUGUAAAAUAAAAAAGAGGGUACUGUGUACUCUUGUUAUAUCAAUCUGCCUGAGACAAUGAGUGUUGAAAAAUCACAUUGAACCUGUCAAUUUCCUAUGGGAACCAGGAAUAUGCUGUCUGUGUCAUCUCUGUACAUUUCAUUCUGGUGCCAGCGGUAUGGGUACUUGUCAAAAGGGGAGAAGAUUUUUCGCUUGGUGAAGUCUAAAUUUUACUGUAACAAAAAAACUGCCAUUAUUUUAUUUUGUAGAAAAUGUGAAAGCGACAAAUUGGGUUGAUGCGACAUGUUAAUUCAAGUGAUUUGUGGGCAUUAGAUGAGAAUGUUUUGGUAAUCAUGUUGGAAAAAGAGGUGUCGAAAACCUGGAGAAUGUAAAAGCACAAAAUGUGCAAAAGUAUUUGUAUAA